AUGUUCAAGUUGGUGGUAUUGUCUGCUCUGCUCGCCGUAGCCGCUGCCCGUCCCGGUCACCUGUUGGAGUCCUCCCCGCUGGUCUAUGCCGCCCCAGCGGCGACGACCAUCGUCCAGGAGCCCGUUCUGGCCAAGGUGGGAGCCGUGGUCAAGAGCGUGCCCACCGCCGUGAGCCACCAGAGCCAGUCGGUGGUACACAGCCACGCGCAUGUUGUCGAGGACGUCGUUGCUCCGGUGGUGAAGUCCACUCCGGUGGUCAGCUAUGCUGCUGCCGCCCCAGUGGUUCACACCUCCUAUGCCGCUGCUCCCGUUGUCCACACCAGCUACGCUGCUCCUGCUCCCGUUGUCCACACCUCCUACGCCGCCGCCGCUCCCGUUCUGGCCACAUCCUACGCCCAGGUGGCCGCCUCCUCGCCGCUGACCUACACCGCCACUGGUGUGUGGUAA